AAGCUAAAAAAUUGAGGAAUGGUUAAUGUCGUCAUGGACAACUGUCCCGUAACGCGUCAGUAAACAGCCUUCAAACUACAAUUUCUCUAAAGUUUCAGAUACGCCAAGUGCGGGGAAUUACAUACAAAGACACCGAGGUUAUUAAAAUGAACAAAACGGUACAAAGUGCUCACCGCGCGGUAUUAAUCGUCUGUUGAUGACGAGGUUGUCUUAUCCUGCCCAUACUUUGUAGGAGCCUGCAGCGCGGGAACUACUAGCAGUGUAGAUGUGAGGGUAAAGUUUUUGAACAUAAAAUCAUCUAGGCGAACAGAAAGCUAUGGAUCCCUCGGAGGUAGAGUUCCUCGCCGAGAAAGAGAUGGUGAAGAUAAUACCAAAUUUCAGUCUAGACAAGAUCUAUUUGAUCGGGGGGGACCUCGGUCCCUUCAACCCCGGCCUGCCAGUUGAUGUUCCUGUGUGGCUGGCCCUUAACCUGAAACAGAGACAGAAAUGUAGAGUUGUUCCUCCUGCGUGGAUGGAUGUUGAGAAACUGGAGGAGAUGCGAGAGCUUGAGAGGAAAGAGGAAACCUUUACGCCUGUUCCCAGUCCCUACUACAUGGAACUGACCAAACUGCUACUCAACUAUGCGUCUGACAACAUCCCUAAAGCAGAUGAGAUCCGCACGCUGGUCAAAGACAUCUGGGACACACGUAUUGCCAAACUCCGCCUCUCCGCCGACAGCUUCAUCAGUCAGCUGGAGGCCCAUGCCAAGCUGGACAACCUGACUCUGAUGGAGAUUAACACCAUACGAGCAUUCCUUCUUGACUCUCUCAACUGCAUGUACAAACUACGUUCCAAUUUGCAGCCUGGUUCAAGUAAGGGACAGUUCAUGGACUAUUGAUCCACAAUAUCAGGGCCUGCUGAACAGGUUUGGAUCUUGUCCCAAGAAUUUGAAUCCACAAGAUUUAUGUGACUGGCUGAUUUUUACUCAGCCUUUUUAAGGGGUUAUAUUUUUUUUAGGGAGACAUGCGUAAAUCUGUAUCUGUUCAUGUAGUCUUUAUAUGUAUCUGCUGUUUGAAAUAUGCGCAUAUUUAAUUUAAUUUAGGAUGCUCACUGUAGUUUAAAACUGCCACCAUUUUUGUAUAUCUCAAUAAGUGACAAAAUAAAUGUAUUUGUGUGUA